GUGAGCGGGAGACAGCCGUGCAGUGACAUUCCGUCCUGGGCCCUCUGUUGUUACUCAACGAAUGCAGCAGCCAUGGAGUCGGAAACAAACAUUCAGCCAAUUCCAACGGCGCCAUUCGGAAUCGGCAUGAAGAUCAAUCAGCUGGUACAGGAGCAAGAGAUGGAGAGAGUCGCCCCCAGGGUCAAGGCUCCCAUCAAGGAGCAGAUGACCGCCGCUGAGAUGCGUACCAUGCUGCUGGGACUCAUCAUGGUGGCGAUCUCAAUCAUCAUGUACUUCAUCGUGGGGACCUUGGUACUCCGGCCCAUAAUGAACGGCCAGGGUAGCGAGGAGGCGAACUGCACGGUGAUCUCGGCCGAGAUCUCCAAGUGGAUUGACUGCGCCUUCGAGUGCGGCCCCUACUGCAAGGGGCGUUCUACCUACCCGUGCCUGCAGGUCUACGUCAACGUGACGCCGUGGGGACGCAAAGUCCUGCUGCAUCGCGACGAGCAGUCCAUAUCCUCCAGCUCGCAGUGCUACUUCCUGCCCAGUUGCUACCGAGACCAGGUCGACGCUCACGCCGUGAUCGACCCGCUGAGGUCGUCCUUCAAGGCCCUCAACCACACGCCCUUCCGAUGCUUCUACAACGCCCGCGUGCAUCAGGACGACGCCCUCCUCAACCGCACUGCCAUCGACUCCAAGGCUCUGCUGCAGUGGAUGAUGUGGCCCACUGCGGCGAUGUCGUGCGGCGCCAUGCUCCUGGCGCUGUUGUGCGUGAGCCACCGUCUGGAGGAGCAUUGCGACAGCUACCACGCGUUCCACACCUCGGCCGUGUACCCCGGCAACAGGCGGUCGAAACCGCAGAGCGGCAGGCGUGUGAUGGUCAGCAGCAUCAGUGGCGGCACCGUGCCGAUUGGCAUCGGCUCGCCGGUCACCAAGGUCAUGAAAUUGGGGUCGAAAGCGGCGGGCGGAGCCAGGUAGCCUGGUGGGAACGCACGGCCGUGUUGAUUUGACGCUUGUAACAACUUAAAAAAAAUGUAAAGUGUGCGUUGCACGUGCUGCAACAAAGUGAAAACUGCGGUAAUUGUAAUCCGUUUUUUGUGUCCGUCGUACUGUUUGCUGGAAUAGAAUUGUCCAUGUGAUGUGACGACUCUACAUCGACUGCGAUGGCACCGUCUUGCCACUGCAGGAAGGCGACCGUGUACACAGAGUCUCGUUCUCCUAUCGGCGCUUCUUGAGAUUAAAGCGAAAUGGCAGACGCACAUCUUUCCACGCGUAAAUAUGAGUACGACGAUGACGAUGAUGGUGAUUUUUAAAGAUACCGGAUUGUAAUUCAGUCAUCCGUCAAUAGACAUCUCUAGCGAGCAGUCACUUCGAAGUGAAUUGAAUAGGCCCAAACAUAGAAUAGUAUUGCAUCGGUUAUUUCACGACUGCUCAUAGUGUAAUUAUGUUACUGCUCUAUGCAGUUCAUAUUGACUUUUAUUUUACGUACUCACAAUAUUCAGUUGCAUUUCAGUUCAAAUAUUCCAGCAUGUGCGGCGAGCUGGUGUUCACAUUCAUGGGCAAGCAGGCGGCUCCAGCAUUGCCACGGGCCAUGCCCCAGAGAUGAUCGAUGUUGGUGGCUGUAACCGUGCACUCAUCAUGAGCGUUUGUAUUAUUAGUGUGAACCAAUCGAGCAUUUCAUUACACUCACCGUUACAGCCAUUCUUCUCGCAAACGGACGGUUCCUACCAUUCCGCUGGCAGAUGUUGAAGGCAGUGGUUCACUUUGCCCACGAGCGAAUAGAAAAAUUCCCACAUGUCAUUCAUCUCA